AUGGAGGCUGCUCAACGUAAGAUCGACUUUCGUCGCCUCGUCCGAGAUGCACCGAACAUCAACCAUCUCUGCUUCGACGCAUGCUCCAAGACUGUCAAAAUUGUCUACUCGUCGAAGGUUCCGUUGUCCCAUACAACUCUGAAGUGCAAGAGACUCAACUCUGGAAAAAGCGAAGAAAGAAUCUAUUGCAUACAAGUUCAAUAUCCGGAUUUCCCGUUGAUCUUGAAGUAUCUCGGAGAGCACUGCCCGAAAAUCAAGGGAACCACCAUCGAUUUUGUUGUCACUGCUAGCCAGAAUGCUGAAAUCGAAGGAGAGAUUAGCAAAGCUCUGGAUGUCACUCUUCGCCACGUGGACGCAUUCAGUGGACUUGUCAAAGGUACCUGUUUCCUACUCCGUAACAUUGAAGCCGAAAGCUUCACCUAUUCGUUCGAUGAGAGUCAAAAGUACGAGUUCCAAACUCUCAACACCGAGUCGAUGUACCCGUAUCUCCUAAUCAACAUCCGUACUGGUGUGUCUGUUGUCUUGGUUGAGGGCGAAAACAACUUCAAGAGACUCGGAGGAAGCUCGAUCGGAGGAGGAUGCUUUUUGGGAUUGACUGAGAUCAUCACCGGAGUUACCGAUAUUGAGGAGAUGAUGGAGCGUGCUCUCCAAGGAAAUCCGGACGAGUUCGAUAUAUUUAUCAGAGAUAUCUAUGGAGAUCGUGCUGCAAACUUCAACAUGGAUCCUCAUCUUCUUGCAUCGUCUUUCGGAAGAGUCACCCGUGGAGAGAACAUUCCAAGAGCUGGAGAAUUAGAUGAGCAAUCGAAAAACAACGCGAUUCUCAGCCUUCUCCGUAUGAUCCUCUACAACGUUUCGCAGCUCGCAUUCUUGUUAUCCGACAUUUCAAAUGUUAAGCGCGUCUUCUUCAACGGAUUCCUUGUCAGAAACCGUCCGAUCGUCAUGAAGACUCUUUCUUUCGCUUGCAACUACUGGUCCGGUGGAAAACUCCGUGCCUAUUUCCUCCGCCAUGAAAACUACACAACUGGACUCGGAGCUUUCUUGGAGAACUUCCCGAAUGCAGAUAUGUAUUGGAAGGAAUACUGCUCCGGAUCUACAGCUCUUGGUCGUUUUGUCCCAGUUGAGCCAUUGGAGACUGGAUUCAAGACCCAGACGUUUGCUUUGAAGUGCGCUCGUUUCAAGGCUGCUCCAUUCUGCUUAUUAGUUGAUAAAGAUGGAAAACCAGACACCAUCGACUUCAACAAUGAUGACGAAGCGCGCAACUUCUGGAUUGAAAUUUUGGAUAAGACCAUCAAUGAUAUGACCAAGUUUGCGAUUGCGUCACAAAAGAACUGCGAAGAUCAGGAUGAUGUUGCAAACAGAGCCAAGGACUUCGAGAAUGACUUCGUGAAGACUAUGGAUACUAUCAAAGAGCACCAUGUCGCAUAUGGAAACUCGAAUGCCAGAAAUCUGUUGGAAGUUCGUGAGCAGAUCUUGCAAGAGAAGGGAUUUGAUGAUAUUUAUGUGCAGAAGAAACACGAGGAGAACUGCACGGCAAUUGCUGAACUCCCACAUGUUCUUGCCACCAUCGACAAGCUUAAAGAGACUAGUGACGAUAAGACUGUUUUGGAAUAUGUCUCCCGCGGACUUCUCGCUGGAAACGUUUUUGAUUGGGGAGCAAAGGAAGUGGUGAAAAUGAUGAAUAGUGAAUCUGGACUCAGUUUCCAAACCGCUAUCGAUCAUGUUGAAAAUCGUCCAUGGUUGUUUGAUGGAUUCGAUUCAUUCUAUGAGAAGCACAAGGAUUAUAAGUCUGUUUUGAUUUUCGUUGACAACUCCGGAUUCGAUUAUAUUUUGGGAAUUAUUCCAUUCGCAAGGGAGCUUCUUCGAAAUGGAUCAAAAGUCGUCAUCUGUGCUAAUAGCUCACCAGCUCUCAAUGAUUUGACCUACAGAGAGAUGGUGGCUCUGGCGAACGAAUUUAGAGAGAUUGAUGGAGAUUUAACCAAGUUCCUAGAGAACGGUCAAAUGAUGUUCGUACAAUCUGGACAAGAAUCUCCAUGUCUUGAUGCAAGACGUGUACAUGAAGACCUCAACGAAAUCGUACAAAAGUACAAGACCGAUUUAGUAGUUAUCGAAGGAAUGGGUCGUGCACUCCACACAAAUUUCAAUGUUCAGUUCAAAUGCGACUCACUUAAGGCAGCUGUCAUCAAGACUCAAUGGCUUGCUGAUCGUCUCGGUGGAAAAAUGUUCAGUGUUGUAUUCAAACACGAGCUCGGUGUGCAACAAUAA